AUGUCCACAAGCAACGCAAGCUGGUGGACUCCACCAACAGCUUCUCUACCGCCUAUGGAUGGGGAUGGUGCGUUCGACCGGCCCCAACGGCCACAAGAGACACGAAUGAUUCUGAACAAUGUCUCACCCAUAGUUACUUCAAGCGUCAUCUUCCCGCCACAGCCUCCGAGUGCUGCUGGGGCCGGUUUUGAAAGUGGAAUCCUAACCGUCAAGCUUCACUGCGCAUAUCGAAUAAGACAGCCUUCAACCCCGGAGUUGACUGAUGAAAGGCCCAUCUACGCCUUAUUCGAUUGUGAAGGUUUUCAAUUAUCUGCUAGGGCCGCCUGGUGGGGUGGCAAGAGAGGGAACGCUUUGUGGGCAGACACUUUCCACUUUGACGUUACCACGUGUCCCGACUUGGUGAUCCAUUUCUCUGCCAGAAACGAUAAUGCUCCGGUGGGACAACCUAUUGAGCCUCGUGGGUACAUCACAAUAAGCCCUCUUCCGGAUGGGUAUCCUGUAGGCAAACUGCUGGUGGAUAUUGAGGAUGGCACCGGCCAAGUGGAAGUCAUGGUCUCGUAUCAUCAGCAGAAAGUCCCGAAUUUGGAAGAUUGGAAUGCCUGGGAGUUUCGUGAAGUCAAGCAUGCCAACUUCGUUCAUGUCACGAGAAAGAAUACCGGCCGAAUAUAUGCCAUGACAGCGGUUCAACUAGGCACGGCCGGUAUUGCUUUGGUAUCUGAGAAGGCGAAAGGCCUUGGCCCCGGCAUAUGUCACCCUUUGUCGCACCUCUCAAGUUCGCUUUUAUAUCAGGCGAACAGCUUAGCCUCCUAUCGCCGCUAG